AAUAACAUUAAUAUAAAUCUCUUGGCAAAUAGCCUAGUGGUUUAACGAAUGCUCAGAAAUGAUUAAACGCCGUGGUUUUGGUCUUUUUAGGCGAUUGGGUUGAGAGAGCUUUUGAAUCAGAGUGAAAGCAAAGCGAGUGAAGAGCAACAAUCAAAUAAGAUAAAAUGAAUCCUCAACUCUGGCACAAAGUUGCUGCCCUCUCGGGAGUUGCAGCUCUUGGGUUAGGGACAUAUGGUGCCCAUGGCUUCAAACCCGAAAACCCAACUUACAAAGAGGUUUGGCAAACAGCUUCUCUUUACCAUUUGGUCCACACUGCUGCUUUGGUUACUGCCCCUAUUACCAAACACCCCAACAUUUUUGGGGGCCUUUUGACUACUGGAAUUCUUGCAUUCUCUGGGACGUGUUAUGCUGUGGCAUUUCUUGAGGACAGAAAGUUUUCUAUCCUAGCUCCAUUUGGUGGAUUUGCAUUUAUUGCUGCUUGGGCUAGCUUGCUUUUCUAAGGAUUCAAACUACCUUUAGAUGGUAUCAUGAUUUAAGUUGCUGCACUUAUAAAUUUAUGCAUCUAUGUUGAUAUAAUGGAGAACAGAACACAGUCAUGCUGACUCUUCCCUGAUUGUGAAUGUUUGGUAAUGUAAAGAUCAAUGAACUUUUAUUCUGCUACACUGUUGUUAUUUGUUAUCUUGUACUUGGAUUGGGAAUAUAAUAAUAAAUUUAUGCUAUAUCUGCAGAAUUGUUGUC